AUGUCACAAAAGAUAUCGCCCAUCGAAGAUACCGAGGCCAAUGGCAAAAAGGGCGUUAGCAACAUGAUCGAGCCUGACCAAUCUGAGGGAGAGGUCUUUGGUAAAAUGCUUCGACAGGCAGACCAUGAAAGAGCUGUUCAAGGAGACCAACAUUUCCAUCGCCUUGGCUGGAAACGCCUGACGAUAGUGUUGAUCGUCCAGUCAAUUGCAUUGGGUAGUCUGAGUCUCCCCUCUGCGUUUGCAACGAUGGGAAUGGUGGCCGGGAUAAUAUUGACAAUUGGGAUGGGAGUCAUUGCGAUCUACGCGAGUUACAUCGUUGGCUUGGUGAAGCUCAAAUAUCCGCAUCUCCCACACUACGUCGAUUUCGGGCGGCUCCUGAUGGGUGGUUUUGGCGACAAGCUAUUUGCUGUUUUCUUCGUUGCGCUCAUGACCUUGACGGUCGGGUCGCACUGUUUGACGGGAAAGCUUGCCCUUGCAACUAUCACUGGCAGCAAUGUAUGCGCUCUUGUUUUUAGUGUCGUGUCAGCUAUCAUUCUCUUUGCCUUUGCUGUGCCGCCUUCCUUCGCCGAGAUUUCCAUUCUGGGAUACAUCGACUUUGCAUCGAUUAUCGUGGCAAUCGGGAUCUCUAUCAUUGCAACGGGAGUUCAAAGCAACGAGCCAACAAACAUUUCAACACCAUGGUCGGCCUGGCCGAAGGAGAACCUGACAUUUAGUGAAGCCUUUGUGGCCAUCUCGAAUAUCGCCUUUGCCUAUGCCUUCUCCUCGGCACAACCAACAUUUAUGGAUGAGAUGCACACCCCAAAGGACUUCACAAAGUCCAUCAUCACUCUGGCGACAACACAGAUGACAAUCUACACAGUCACUGGGGCACUUAUCUACGCAUUCGUGGGACAGAACGUUCAAUCACCAGCCCUGCUGUCUGCUGGUCCCCUGCUUGCGAAAAUUGCUUUUGGUGUGGCAUUACCCGUCAUCUUCAUUUCCGGGUCGAUCAAUGCCACCGUCGCCUGCCGCUUCAUUCACGGCCGCAUUUAUCAAGACUCAAUUGUUCGAUACGUUAAUACAGCGAAAGGCUGGAUUACCUGGCUGGUGGUUGUGGCAUUUAUCAACAUUCUUGCCUGGAUUAUUGCUGAGGCCAUUCCCUUCUUUUCCGAGCUACUCUCAAUUUGCGGUUGUCUGCUCGUGUCUGGGUUCUCAUUCUAUAUUCCCCCCGUUCUCUGGUUUUUCUUGCUGAAAGAGGGAACCUUGUUCGAGAAACACAAUAUCCGACACGCAUUUUUGAACUUGAUUGUGUUUAUUGUGGGUGUCACCAUUCUAGGAUGUGGAAUGUAUGCCAGCGUGAAUCAGGUGGUGGGUAAUAUCCAUUAUCAGCAGCCGGUCUUGAAUCUCUGCUAA